AUGGUGUACAACAAAGAAGCCGAGAGUGAAGUGGUGGCUCGGGAAGGCUCUCCAGCUGAGCUACCUUGCGACCUGGGCCGGCACCCACUCAGACGUGCAGCGUGGAUUCGAAAGGAAUCCCCGGAGAGGCCCAUCUAUGCAGUGCGGCUCGUCUCUGGCCGCGCCACGCAAGCCAACCGUUCUUCCCAACCAGACUGGGGAUCCAGAGCGUAUUUCUCUCUGGUUGAGCGACCAGCCAAGCUCAAGGUGACGCGGGUUCGAGCGUCCGACGAAGGCACCUACUAUUGCGUCUUGGAAACUACGUCAGGGGUGAGGGACAUGCAGACGGUGCACCUCAAAGUUGUCGAGCCCCCAGGUGAUCCCCGGAUGGAAGCUCGUGGCAGCGUUGGAUCAGGUGGACCCUCUGGACCUUUUAACGAGGGAGAGCCCUUGCUGCUUGCUUGCGAGGUGUCUGGAGGAAGACCUACGCCACAUCUGCAAUGGAACAGAGACGGUCGCACCCUGCCCACGAAUGAGACGCAGCCCAGGAGAGGCGUCGUGCGCUCGACCGUUUUAUUGGUUCCCAGACGAGGAGAUCUUGGGGCUCGACUGACGUGCAUGGCCAGCAACAACGUCUCUGGACCCGGUGAAGUAGGGCUCACGCUGGACCUCAACCUGCGACCCGAAUCCGUGCGCAUCCAGGGCAGGCGGACGCCCCUUGCAGAGGGACUACCCGCCGAACUGCACUGCGAGGUGCGUGGUUCGCGCCCUCGCCCUUGGGUGUCGUGGACGAAAGGAGGUCGGGCCGUGAACGGUUCCUUCGAACACGUCUCUGCCGACGGCGCCCUUCUCACGAGCGUCAUGUCGUUCGUACCUGAAAGGGCCGACCACGAAGCCCAAGUCACCUGCAGUGCCUCCAAUCCGAAACUGCCCAACGCCGCACCAAUACGGGAUUCGUGGAUAUUACAGGUUCUGUACGCACCAAAGAUACGCGUUCGCCUGGGGAAAAACUUGAACCCGGACGCAAUCCGCGAAGGAGCAUCGGUGUACCUGGAGUGCACGGUGGAUGCGAAUCCAGCUGCACGUGACAUCCGGUGGUACUUCGAAAGCUCCGAGGCUCUUCCUUCGGGCAUGCACCCACACGGCGACCAUCUGGCCAUACCACGAGCGCAGAGGAGGCAUGCUGGUCGCUACGGUUGCGGGGCACGCAACAGCAGGGGACACGCGAUGGCGCCGCCCCUGCGUCUCCGUGUGCAACAUCUUCCUGUGUGUGGACUAAGGGGUGGAGGAGUGGACAUCUUGGGUGCUCCUGGUGUCCUUCUGCCUCUCCAGUGCCACGCCGAGGCCGACCCUUCGCCAUCUCACUUCACCUGGCGUGGAUCACCGCUCACAUCGUGGAACGGCAGCGAAGCCGUUGUACGCGUCGCCCAAGAAGCCCGAGAUGUGCAAUGCUAUGCGAAGAACCUGAUUGGAACACAGAUUCUGCCCUGUGUCUUUCACAUACGCCCAUUACGCAUUCCAGAAGCUCCUUCCAACUGCACUCUUGAACCUUCCGGAACCAGUGCCGUGAUACGGUGCGCCGCUCCCAGUACGGCAGAGGGUACUCUGCGUUACAGAGCACUCGUGUUCCUUCUUCUAAACUUGGAAGGAAACGAGGCAUCGGGCGCGCUGGUGGCCAACCUGUCCAGUGAUGUGCCAAUGUUCCGCCUACCUCCUCUGACGGAUGCUCGAUACCGUAUUCUUGUAGCAGCGUCCAACUCCCUGGGAAGCGGACCACAUGCGGAGCUCCCCUACGUUCAAGGUGAUCUCAGCUCUUGGUCUGUUGAAGCGCUGCGUGCAGUUGCAGUCACGGCAGCUCUUGCGGUGUUGCUGGCUCCGUUCCUGGUACUGCUAGUCCUUCGUGCACGACGAGGAAGAAGACGUGAGCAGCGCGGGUCUCAAGUGGCCCCCGUGGAGAGCAAUCCACGCCGGGGUAAACUUCGUCCAACUUCACCCGGGGACUGGGCUCACAUACAGGACGAGCGUGUCCUUCCAUUAUGA